AUGAAAACAAUAUCCAAAGAAGAUUAUUUUUUUAAAUAUAAAGAAAAAGAUGAUUUCAUUUAUAAUCAAUUAUACAAUAUAUUAACAUAUCAUCCUUUUAAUGAAAUUUUAGAAUAUGAAAAUGGUGAUAUUUAUAUAGGAACAACAGAAAACAAAAAAAGACAGGGGUAUGGUUAUUAUAUAUAUAUGGAUAUUAAGACUAUAUAUCAAGGACAAUGGAAAGAAAAUGCGAAAAAUGGUUAUGGGACUUUAUAUAACAGAAAAGAAAUUAUUUAUUCAGGUGAAUGGCUAAAUAACAUUUCUCAUGGUUUUGGUAGCAAAUAUAGAAAUGGGAAAUUAUUUGUUGGCUCAUAUAAAUAUGGUUUAAUGAAUGGUGUAGGAAUAUUAAGAAAAAAAAAUAGUUUUAAUUUUUGUUUAUUUCAUUCCAACAGAAAAAAAUGUUUAAUUAAAAUUUCUAAAUAUAUGGAUAUAUAUCUAUAUUUGUAUAAAAAUAAAGAAGUUAUUUUGAAAGAAAAGUUAUGUAACUUUUUUCCAAUAUACAUAAACAAAAAUAUGCCUAAAAUUUUUCACAAAGAAGUUUUUUUCCAAUUAUUCAGUAUACAUGAAUCAAUUAGUAACUUUUCUUCACAGAAUUAUAAAAAUAAUGAAAAAUCCGACAAUGUAUACUCAAAUGAUUUUUUAAAUUAUAUAAAUUGUGAUUUACAUUUAAGAUAUCAAAAUAAAAUAAUAAGAAAAACAGAUAAAAUGAAAAGAGUAGAUAGUAACAACAAUAAUUAUCAUAACCAUAAUAAUAGUGUUGAUAAUAAUAAUAACGAGAAUAAGAAUAGUAAUCAUAAUAGGAAUACCAAUAAUAAAAACAUUACUACUCAUAAUAAUAACAAAUGCACAUUUCAUUUCUUUAAUAGCUCUUUAAAAAACAGCUUAACUUUAACGAAUUUAAAAUACGCAAAUGAAAAAAGUGAAAGUUCACAUAACUUAUCAAGUGAAAGUGAACAAAAAUUAAUAGAUAAUCCUCCACUUCUUAAUAAUAUUUUGAACAAAUAUAAAAAUUCAAAAAACAAAAAUUUUCAAAAUUUCAAUGAAACUCUUUUACUUUAUAAAACGGAUUCGCAUAAUAGUGACUCCUAUAUAAAUCUAACCCUUAGCAGCGAUUCUGCUUUUAAAAGAAUAAAAAAGAAAAAAAAAGUAAUUAUUCCAUAUUUUUUUUAUAAAAAAAAAAGUAGAAAAAUGAUAAGAAAUAGAAAAACUAAAACAAAUAAAGAAAAAUAUUAUAAAAUACUAAUUGGUGAAUACAAUAGAGACCCUCCUAAGUUAGAAGGUAGUAAUAACUCUUCAAAGUUUUCAAAUAUAAGAAUACAUAAUGAAAUUAAUAUUUUAAAGAAAAAAAAAAACAAUAAUAUAUUAAAUAAUGAUUUUAAUAAAAAAAAUAUUGAAGAAUUUACUACACACAUAAAUCUUUUAAAAUAUUUAAAAGAAAUAAAUGUAAAAAAAAAAAUAAAAUGUAUAUAUCAAUGGGAAAAUCAUCAUAUUUCAGUCUUGCUUUAUUUCUUUAAACUUGAAAAAUAUAUACAUUCUUUCAAACAUAACAAUAUUAAAGGAUUUCAUUUUUUUAUUUUAAGUAGCAAAAUAUUAAAGAAUUUAGGAAUAUAUAGUAAUGAACAUAUUUAUUUUUUUAUGAAUCUUAUUAAUACAUUUAAUAAUAUACAUAAUAUUUAUUUACAAAUAUUAAUAAAAUGGGAAACUAUUAAAAAGGAUUCCUUAUUAACUUAUAAUUCUAUAAACAAAAAAGAAUUUUUUAUUAUUAAACAUUUUAAGGGGAACUCUAAUAUAUAUGUUUGUUGCUAUCAAAAUACUCCUGUCUGUUUAAAAAUUGUUUCUAAUGGAAAGGAAAUACCAUCAAAAAAUUAUAAAAAAGAAAUAAAUAAUAUAAAAUAUAUAAAUAAAAAAUAUAUAGAAUACCUAAAACAUAAUAAAAAAAGAAUUCAAAUGAACAAUGAAAAAAAACAUAUGAUGUAUAGUGAUGAAGAGAAAAAAAUAAAUUAUUUAAAUAAAGAAGAAUAUGAGGAAAAAAAUUCUAAAAUAGAGGAAUGUAAUGAAUAUAACAGUUUAAAAGAAAACGUUACUCCUGAUUUCAAGAAUAAUUUUUUGAAUGUAGCACAUAAUUUUUUUUUUAACAAAAAACUAAUUUUUUAUAAUGAAAAAUUAAAUGAAAAUUUACUUUUCAAUUUUAAAAAUUUUAAAAAUAAAUUAACAAACCAAGAAGAGAAAAUAGAAGCUAAUAAAAAUGAUUACAAAAAAUUUUCAUUCAGUGAUGAUAAUGAACAAUUUAAAAAAGAAGAAAAUCCUUUAAAUAAACAUAAUAAUAGCACAUUUGAAGAAAAUACAAAGAGAAAUUCAAAGAAUAAAAAAUAUAAAAGUAUAUUAUCCCCAAAUAAUGAUUUAAAAAAUAACAGUGAUGAUAAUGGAACAGGUGAUUCCUAUGAGACAUAUAAUUUUGCAGAAAAAUUAAAGUGUAGAAUGAAUUUUAUAAGAGAAUAUUUUAUUGUCUCUAAUUUAAGACAUCCUAAUAUUAUUAAAUAUAUAGGAAACAUUACAAGCAAAAAUAAAGAAAAAUUCGGGUUAGUUUUUGAACAUUUAAAAGGAAAUUAUUUGUAUGACUGUAUAUAUAAAAAUAAGCAACCAUUAAAAAAUAGAAAAAUUAUUAAAAUUUUUUAUGAAAUUUCAGCUUCCUUACACUAUUUACAUGAAAGAAACAUAUGCCACGGUAAUAUACAUAGUAAGAAUAUAUUCAUAACAAAUAAAGGAAAUGUAAAAAUUUGUAAUUUUCAAUACUCAUCUAUAGAAAGCUUUUAUGACUAUAAAAUUAAUUGCAAAAAAAAAUAUUAUUCAAGUAAAUGUGAAAGUGAUUAUUAUUUUUAUGAAAAACUGUUCUUACCAUUACCUUACGUUACAUCUAUUAACGACAUUAGAAGCACUGAUAUUAUGUCACCUUUACUACAAUUCAAUACAAAUAAAUUUAAUAACAUAAGUAUUAAUUAUCAUGAUUAUUACACAGCUCCAGAAGUUUUAAGAUAUGAAGAAUAUACAAAUAAAAGUGAUAUUUAUUCUUUUGGUAUUGUAAUGUAUGAAGUAAUAUUUGAUACACUACCAUUCAUUAAUGAAUAUGUCCCUUUAUUUUUUUUAAUUUCAACAUGCUCCCAUCAAAGAUAUAUUAAUUUUGAUAUAAAUAAAUUGAAUUCUAAAUUUGAUUAUUCGUUGUUUCAUAUUUCUAUAAAUAUUAUGUUGUUAAUUAAACAAUGCUUACAUCCAAUACCUUCUAAUAGACCUAAUUCAAAAUAUUUAUGUGAACAUUUUAAAUUUUUGUUAGAUUUACUUAAAUUUUAUAAAAUUAAAUAA